AUGGCUGACGAGAAAGAAAUUGAGCGUAUUUCGCGCCUGCUCGCGCGUGCUAAAGUAAAGCGUACUACCAUUAUAUCGCAGAUUCGAGCUAUACAUGCUAUGGCGUUGCGCGUACAAUCGGAGCCUGAUCUAGCCUCAGAGUUUGCGUUAAACGCGGCGGAUUUAGACGCGCUAUGGUUUCAAUUUAGGACAGAUGACGAUUCCGUAUUAGAUCUUUUAUCGGCGUCCGAUAAGCUCACCGACUAUUCACCCGAGCUGACAGCGGAGGUACGCCAACUAAUUCACGCGGCUAAAAAUAUCGCCCAGCGGUUAAUCCCGACAGGUGUCGACGCCGUCGACUUGUCAUAUCUCCGAAAUGGGACAUCAAGUGUUCAGAAACCGCGCGAGGAUCCGGUUAAGUCACUUUCCCGCUUACCUGAUAUACCUCUACCCACGUUCGAGGGUGAUUACCGAUCGUGGCCCAAUUUUCGCGACAGAUUUUCCGCGCUUGUCGAUACGCGACACAAUUUAUCGAACAUCGAUAAAAUGUAUUAUUUAAUAGGUUGCUUAAAAGGCGCCGCAGCCGAUGCUGUUCGAGGCAUACCGGUGUCGGCGGACAAUUACGAGUUAGUAAUGAACACCUUGUCCGAUAAGUUCAAUCGACCGCGUUUGGUUGCAACGUCACUCGUCGACAAGCUAUUGCAAUCGUCGACCAUGACACAAGAGUCGCUUAACGACUUGAACGCAUUUGUAGGAACGUGUAGUGAAUCCAUCUCAUUGUUAGACGCGCUAAAAAUACCAGACGUUGGGUCUUUUAUUUUAUUUUCUAUAGCGUUUCGAUGUCUACCUGUUUCUACCCGCAAGUUAUUUGAGGCGAACAGUUCAGUAGAUUACCCGUCGAUAGGACAAUUAUUAGCCUUUCUCCGAUCCCGGGUGGCCAUUCUCGAAGUCGUGGGCGAAUCCCACAAAAAUAGUGCGAGUAAUGCGCCGUCAAAGUCGACUGGUCAGUUCCGAAAGGGGGGAGAUUACUCAGGGAAGCCUCGGUUGACGUCUUUAGUCACCUCCAAAUCUAAUAAUACGUGUCUAUGUUGUGCGGGUUCGCACGCUCUAACAUCGUGUUCGCGGUUCAAGAAUUGGGGCCCCGACGAGCGUGCUCGGUGGACGCGCGAUAAAAAAUUAUGUUUUAAUUGUUUUAGUGACGAGCACUGGGCUCCCAAGUGUAAUGCUAAAUCAAGUUGUCAGAACUGCACGCGCAAACACCACUCGCUUCUUCAUCAUAAUAAAUCGUCCAGUAGAGAUCGCGAUGUUCGAAACGAGCCACCGGCUGCCGAAGCGUCGUUAUGCGCGUCCGUGCCGCGUCCCCCUCCACACCAGGCGUCGUCUGUAAUUUUAGGUACCGCGCUAGUGCAUAUGCGCGAUCGUUCCGGUUCGUGGCAAACAAUGCGCGCAUUGAUAGAUUGCGCGUCGCAGAUAAGCGCCGUUACGAGUGCGUGUGCCGAUCGAUUAGGCCUUAAGCGCUCCCGUUGGACAGCCCCGGUAAGCGGUUUAUCCGGAGUUCCUGUAGUAAAUGUCCAAGGUCGCGUUGAGUGUAACGUACAGCCGCGGUUUGCGUCCGAACCUGUGCUUUCCAUAAAUGCGUGGGUAUUGCCCGCCAUAACGGGUGAUUUGCCUCGAACAACGUUACACUCGAGCGUUAAAGAUAGGUACUCUAAUCUCGCGCUCGCCGACCCGUCAUUCGAUAUCACUUCACCUAUUGAUGUAUUAUUAGGCGGCGAUGUAUACGCGUCAAUAAUGGACGGUCGGAAAUUUUCGGUGGACAAAGCGUUACCAACGGCGUUUAGUUCGGUCUUUGGUUGGAUCUUAAUUGGUCCAGUGUCCGACCGAGAGGCUCACCCGUAUCAAUCGAUGCCGGUCGCUAUGACUGUUUCCAUUGAAGGGUUAAUGGAACGGUUUUGGCAAGUUGAGGAGCCAGAGGCUGCUCCCGCGACGUUUACCGACGAGGGGCGUUGUGAAAAGUUAUUUUGUGAACAGACUGUACGUUUGCCGUGCGGCCGUUUUUCGGUACCGUUGCCUUUUCGUGCGCCGCCGUCAGCUGAUACUUUUAACGGGUCCCGCGAACUCGCGGUGCGACGUUUUGACGCGCUUGAACGUAAAUUGGUUACGAGCCCUCAAUUAAAAGCAUUAUAUGUCCAGUUCAUGUCGGAAUACAUUUCGCUAGGUCAUAUGUCCGUCGCGACGUCCCCGGGACGUUAUUUUAUUCCGCAUCACGCGGUGUAUCGUCCGGCGAUCGACGAAAAUAAAAUACGCGUCGUAUUCGACGCUUCCGCGCAGAGUAGUCGCGGACCGUCAUUGAAUAAUUGCUUGUUUACCGGUCCUAAAUUACAACAGGACAUAGUCGACAUUUUGACAAGAUUUCGAGUCCCCAAGUACGUUUUUACGACCGACAUCUGCAAAAUGUAUAGACAAAUAUUAAUUUUGCCGGAAUAUCGUCAAUUCCAACAUAUUUUAUGGCGACCGUCGCCACACGACGAACUUGUAGAAUACGAGUUAAAUACCGUUACGUACGGCGUUAAUUGCGCGCCUUAUCUUGCUCUACGCGUGCUACAAACUAUCGCAUCCGAUGAUUGCGAUAAUUUCGAGUUUGUGCGUAACGCGCUAACGCGUCAGACCUAUGUCGAUGACAUCUGCGACGGAGCAGAUACGAUUUCGAACGUAUUAAAAUUACAGUCCGAUUUAAUCUCUGUUAUGCACAAAGCGGGAUUAGAGCUGAAAAAGUGGGCGUCAAAUACGUCAUGCGUUUUAGACGCGGUGCCAGCCACAGAUCGUGUGUGUGCGCCUAUGCCGUUCGAAUCGGUCGACGGCUACGGUACUAAGGUGCUCGGCUUACAAUGGCAUCCCGAUGGGGACUAUUUUUGUUGCGCACUAAGUCUCGAUUCUGCAGCACCCGUAUGCACCAAACGCGGCAUUCUUUCUUUAGUAGCGCGUAUAUUCGACCCGCUAGGUGUGUUCGCUCCCGCGGUAUUUUUAGCUAAAUCUAUUAUGCAGCGGACCUGGAAACUUGGCAUGACUUGGGAUGAGCCCUUACCAAACAAGAUUCACGACGAAUGGGUCGCGUUCGUCUCCGACUUACCGUCGUUAUUAAAUAUUAGGGUUCCGCGUUAUUUGAAAUCGAGCCACGGAGCACCAUGCUAUUUACUAGGUUUUUGUGACGCCUCGCAACUCGGCUACGCGGCGGUCGUGUACGUGCGCAUGGUUGACGUCGAUGUUAACGCGUCCGUAUGUUUAAUUGGUACGAAAACAAAAUUAGCGCCGGUAAAAUCAUUAACCAUUCCCCGACUAGAAUUAAAUGCCGCGUUGUUAUUGGCUCGAUGGUUAAGUCGCGUUCGCGACAUUUUGGCCCCGCAAUUAAAUAUUGUCGGCAUAAAUGCGUGGUCAGAUUCUACGAUAGUAUUAUCAUGGUUAGGUGCCCCGCACGAAGCUUUUAAAAUUUAUGUGUCGAAUCGAGUGCACCAAAUUCGCACUUUACUGCCGGAUUGUCGAUGGCGGCAUGUUGACUCGGUCAAUAACCCCGCCGACUGCGCGUCGCGUGGCAUAAUGCCGGCUGCCCUAGCGCAGCACGAAUUGUAUUGGCACGGUCCACAUUUAGCGUAUGGCGAUCCGUCGGAAGGGGACGAUGCUCAUUCGCCGUUACCGUUGUGUGACCUGCCCGAACUUCGUCCAGCGUCCUGCGCCGCCUGUGUUGACGAAAUUGAAGUCGAAUGGUUUAAUCGUUUUUCUAAUUACGACCGCAUGUUACGAGUAGUAGCGUAUAUGCGCCGGUUUAUUGCCGCCGGUAUUCGUCGAGUACGUCGACAACCGGACCACAAUGCGCCCGCAUAUUUGCAAAAGUCAGAAAUAGAUAGCGCCGCUCGCAUAUUAGAGGCUGAGUCCCAGCGCGUACAUUUCGCCGUUCUGUUACGCGAAUUGUCGACGGGUAAGCAUGUCUCGUCGAAGCCACUUGCCCGUUUAGCGCCCUUUAUCGAUCCGGUAGGCGUGAUUCGCGUUGGCGGACGACUGCGGCAUUCUUUAUUAGCUUAUGAUUGUAAGCAUCCGGUUUUGUUAGCUAAGCAUUCGCAUUACGCUUAUUUAUUGUGCCACCGUUGGCACCGGGUGACGUGUCACGCCGGCCCGCGAGUUCUUACUGCGCUUAUUUCACGUCGAUUUUGGAUUGUCUCGCUUCGAUCGGUGUUGCAUCGUGUCAUUACUAACUGUUCUAUAUGUGUAAGGUUUGAUGCCAAACGUGUUCAACCGUUAAUGGCGGAUUUGCCCGACACUCGCGUCCAACAGCGACGAGCCUUCGACCGUGUCGGCGUCGAUUAUGCGGGCCCCUUACAAAUGCGUGAGACCAGACUGCGCAAAUCACGCGUUUUCAAAAUUUAUAUAGCGGUCUUCAUUUGUUUUAUUACGAAAGCUGUCCACCUCGAAGUUGUAACCGAUCUGUCGACCGAUGCCUUCCUAGCCGCGUUCGAUCGCUUUAUUGCCCGUCGAGGUCUACCGAGCGAUGUGUUUUCGGACUGCGGCACUAAUUUCGUCGGGGCUGAUAAGAAAUUACGCGCGCUUAUCCACAGCCCGGAAGGCCGGGCCGCUAUUGCCAAUUCGCGUGCUAUCUGCGAAUGGCACUUCAAUCCGCCUAGCGCCCCCCACUUCGGAGGCUUAUGGGAAGCGGCGGUGCGAUCGACGAAACGACUUUUAAUACGAGUCAUAGGGACACAUAUCUUCACGUACGAAGAGUUUACGACUAUAUUAGCGCGCGUAGAGGCCGUUCUAAACUCGCGUCCGCUCACGCCCGUCUCGACGGACCCGCAUGACCUCGAGUGUUUGACACCUAGUCAUUUUUUAAUAGGUCAACCGCUUCUCACCGUACCGCCUAGAUCGGGUCCAGAGUCCACCCGUAGUUUAACCGAUCGGUGGAAGUUGAUGGAUCAGUGCCAUCAAUCCUUUUGGCGCCGUUGGUCCUCUGAGUAUCUGACUACGCUACAGGAGAGGUCCAAAUGGACCAAGGGUGUCCCCAACGUCAAAGUAGACGAUAUGGUCGUAGUAGUAGACAACCAAAAUCCGCCGUUGAUGUGGCGACUCGGCCGUAUAGUAGAGUUGUUUCCCGGUACCGAUGGUCAUGUCCGUGUCGCUCGAGUAUUAACCCGAGCAGGUAGCGUCAUACGACCAGUGGUCAAACUCGUGCUGUUACCCACCAAGUAA